UAUGGCGCCCGGAAAAAGCACACCGUUCUACCCACGAGGUUUCGAGUCACGUUUGAUUAUGACAACUCGAUAAAACAAGAAACUUGGAUAUAAAAUUGUCAGCUUUAAAUAAAGUCGUUUCUAUUUUAGCGGAUUUCGAAUUUCGACGAAGUCGUAUGCGUACAAAUUACGUGGUUUUUGCCGCAUGGACUAUUUUUUUUCCGAAUUAAACAGUUUAUUUUGUGGAUUUUAAAAUGAAAAUAAAUGAACUACCGAUAGAAAUAAUAGAAAUAAUAUUUUGGAAGCUGGACGCACGCUCGUUAGCUAGAGCUGGGCGAGUGUGUCGUAGUUGGAAGGACGUUGUUGGUAAUUUGGAAAACGUUGGAAAUGUAUGGAAAACGAUUUGCCUGAGAGAAAUAGCCAUUGACGUCAUCGAGGAACUUCUGGGAAAUAAGUCGAUUCCGUCCACGUCUACCGAAGAUCGACAAUUUAGAAUUAAUUGGAAAAGUAUUUAUCAAAAGUGGUUUUGUGGAUCAAAAGUGAAAUGCUGGACUCAUUGGAAGAAACACUUCCCGGCUUUCGAAGCAAAUCCGAUAAAUUGCGUGAAAAUUUCCGGUGAUUUGAUUAUAACUGGUCAUAGAAAUGGAAGUAUUUGUGUUUGGAAUUGCUAUACUGGUACAUUAUUAGAUGUUGUUGGUCAACAUUUAGGAAUUGUUACAGAUAUGGUAUUGAUUAACUUGUUAGAUACAGAUGUUUUUGAAAUUGAACAAAUUAAAUGUUUCCAUCAUCAUGUGAUAUCAAUUUCAUCAGAUCAUCAGAUUCUGUUGUCUCCUUUACUUGGUGAAAAUUCUGAAGUUAAUAAUAAAUUAACAAUAAAGUAUCAUAGUGAGUGCUUGGAAAAUAUAAAAAUAUUUAAUAAUAAAAUUGUAGUCAGCGCUAUGGACAACACAAUUUCUUUUUGGGAAAUUUUUGUGGACGAAGAGAAAAUUGUACAAAUUAAAUUAAAGCAAGCAAUUCCUGGACCUGUGCAUAUACUCAGGUGGAUAGGAUUUUGGAGAAAUGAAAUAUUUUGUGUGUGUCAAAAUGGAAUGUUUGAAGUAUUUUCACUUGACAAAAAUGAAUGGAUGCCUUCUGAACUGAAAACUUUUUAUAAUUAUUCAUUUAAUAUCUGUGAUCUUAAUCGAUGCAUAAGUAAUUCAAUAUUAUUUAGAAGAGGCAUGGUUUUCAUAUUUUGUACUCCAUCAUGGAACCAAAGAAAAUUUCCAGAGCCAGCAGUCCUUCAAAGAAGAAAGCCAGGAACAUGAUUGAAUUAAAGGAAAUCAUUGAAAAUGACUAGAGCAGUUAAAUUAAGAUUGCUGAAAUCAGCUGCAUGUACAGGAAGUCACCAUCCACAAUAAGUUUCAUUGCGGGAAAAAAGAAAGCAAUAAAGAAGGCUAAUGUAGAGAAAGAUGUGAAUGUGAAUGUGCCAAUGAAACAGAUUGCAAACAAUUGAAGAUGUCGAACAGUCAUUAUUAAUUUGGAUAAAUAAAAAACAGUUAGAUGGCAAUUCUGUUUCAGAAAACAUCAUAUUAAUCUUUUAUAUUCAUUUCUUGUUGUUUUUAGUAUUAAACAGUACUUGUUCUCUAUAAAAUGUGUUUUUUUUAAUGUAUUUUGGAGGGUCUAGAACAAAUUAAUUGGUCACAUUGAUUCUUAUGGAAAUAAUUGCCUCAGAUUUCGCUGAUCUGGCCAAUAGGGUGGUUCUGCUUUAUAUCUACUAAAACAGGUGCUGGAAUACGUAGAUUUUUUGAAGUUGGCCAAAUGGAUGAAGAGUAAGACAUCUGUGUGUCACCAAUUCCUUUUAAUUGGAUGUUUGUGUUUUUUUUAAAUGGCCUUUUUUUUACCUCUGGAGGCAUGAAGCCUAAAAAGGAAGGCCUGUCACCAUGGAUGUGUAUGUGUAAAGUCUGGAAUACAAAAUAAAUGGUGGUUCCUUUUGGACAGACUUGUCUUCGAUGAUUAAUAAUAAUCUCGCCAUCAGACAGAAAAAUCAACAAAAAAAAACAAAUACAAUAUUGACCAUUUGAAAUGCUCCAUUGUCCUGUCAGUUUAUUCC